AUGCCACCAUGUUCACCAUGUAUGAACCUUUCGGGUACUCAUUUCAUGAAAUCACUUUCCCAUCGAUUUAAGCUAAAUUUGGCGCAACUGCAUCUAACUGCCCCAACCGCCCAAAACUCUUCUCUCGAUCCACUAUUCAACCUGCAAAAAUAUAAAGACAAGAACCAACUCAACCAAAUCCUUGCACAGACGAUAUCCACAGGCCUCCUUCACAAUCCUUUUAAUGCCUCAAAACUGGUCAGCACUUUUGCCUUAAGCCCCCUUCCUGGAACCACAUGCAUCGCCCGCUUAAUCGCUGAUCGAAUUGACGGACUGGACAGCUACACAUGGAACACUGUCAUCCGAGGGUAUUUGCAAGGGGAGAGCCCCAAAAAAGCAAUCUUGAUCUAUGCUCAUGUAAGAAGAAAAGGUCUGAAGGUAGACAGUUAUACCGUUCUCUAUGUAAUCAAGGCAUGUUGUCAGUUUUCAGGGGAUCGGGAAGGAGGGCAGAUACAUGCUCAGAUUCUCAAAAUGGGUUUUUCGUCCGAGUUAAUUACGCGGACGGGUCUGCUGCAAAUGUAUGGGUUGUUUGAUGAAAUUGAGUCUGCACAACAGGUGUUUGACGAAAGCCUUGAAAGGGAUUUAGUGCUGUGGAAUGCUCUUGUUGCUGCGUAUGCUCAUUCGGACCACCCAUACAAGGCACUCUCAGUUACACGUGCUAUGAUUAAUGACAAUAUGAGACCAAAUGGGCCGACUGUAGUAAGCAUCCUUUCAGUUUGUUCUUCUCUGAGAGCCUUGAGAAAAGGAAAACUGGUGCAUUGUUACGUUUUAAAAAACUUGGACAAUAUUGACGUCUAUGUUUCCAAUGCUUUGAUAGAUAUGUAUUCAAAAUGUGGGUGUUUGGUCAGUGCCCAUCUGGUUUUCCAAAAGAUGCCAAUGAAGAAUGUGAUUUCCUGGACUUCAAUUGUUAAUGGGUAUACCAACAAUAAUAAUCCCCAUGAGGCAUUGGUUCUGUUUAUAGAAAUGGAGUCUGCAAAAUUACCACCUGAUGAGGUUACCAUGUUGGGUGUUGUCUCUAUGUGCUCAAAGCUAGGUAGCUUUGAGUUUGGGAAAUGGAUUGAUCAUUAUGUUGAACAGCAUGGAUUUAAGGGAAGUAUUUGUAUGACAAACUCUCUCAUGGACAUGUAUGCUAGAUGUGGCAACCUCAAGAAAGCUUGCCAGAUAUUUGAUGAAAUGGAUAAGAAGACACUGGUGUCUUGGACUACUAUCAUACAAGGACUAGCUAUGCAUGGUCAUGGGAUGCAAGCCCUUGUGCGGUUCACUCAGAUGCAAAGGGAAGGCUUCAGACCUGAUAGUGUUGUCUUUCUCAGCAUCAUAUCUGCUUGUAGUCAUUCUGGUUUGGUGAAUGAAGGGCGUGAAUGUUUUAGAUCCAUGGUAGAAGAUUAUGGUAUUCAACCAUGGAUGGAACACUAUGGAUGCAUGGUGGACCUUUUUUGCAGAGCAGGGUUUGUUAAUGAAGGAUUUGAAUUUGUAGAGGCUAUGCCUGUGAACCCAGAUGCAAUUGUGUGGCGUAGUUUGAUUGGUGCAUGCAGAAACCAAGGUAAUGUAUUGUUAGCUAGAAGAAUUUUGGAUCAUCUGCUUAUAUUGGAACCCAAUUACGGUGGGAAUCAUAUAUUGUUAUCAAAUUUGUAUGCGAUGAUGGGAGAAUGGGAUAAUGUUGAAGAAGUGAGGAUGGAAAUGGGUGUUAGAGGUGUAAGCAAACCUUAUCCUGGUGCUAGUGUUGUAGAACUGUGCUAA